GCCCUCUGUUUUAGAAUAAAUUUUCCAUAGAAGUCAGUCUCCUAAAUCCUCGCUGUAAGCCUGCUUAAGGCAUAUCCGUUAUUAGUUUAAAUGAUAAGCCUAUUAACUCACUAAGUUCCCUUCGCUCCCCUCCAUCGGCCCUCUCACAGCUAACGUCAUCUUUCUUCGGCACGCCAUUUUCGAAUUCAGAGACAAUCCAAUUUUGCCAAACUAAAACCGGAUGCCAAUUUCUGAAGCUGAGCGGUACCGUGGCAAAGAACGACCGUCAACGUCGCGGUCCGCUGCCCGGACGCCGGCCAGAGCAAAGGUCCGUCUACGACAGCUUCUUAAAGUAGCUUCCGUGGCGUGCGGUAUACAAUUCGGUUGGGCUCUCCAGCUGUCUCUUUUAACUCCUUAUGUGCAAGAGCUUGGAAUUCCUCACGCCUGGGCCAGUAUCAUCUGGCUUUGCGGGCCGCUUUCCGGCCUUUUUGUCCAGCCUUUGAUUGGUCACUUUAGCGACCGCUGCACUAGCCGAUUUGGUCGUCGGAGACCGUUUAUCGUCGCCGGUUCCGCUUCGAUUGCUAUAGCUGUAUUGCUAAUCGGAUAUUCCGCCGACAUCGGGUGGUUGCUUGGCGAUAGGGGCGAUCAAAAACCGAGAGCGAUCGCCGUGUUUGUGUUCGGGUUUUGGAUUCUUGAUGUCGCUAACAAUAUGACUCAAGGUCCUUGUAGAGCUCUUCUGGCUGAUCUCACUGGGAAUGAUCAUCGGAGGACACGAGUAGCAAAUGCUUACUUCUCACUUUUCAUGGCUAUUGGCAAUAUUUUUGGGUAUGCCACUGGAUCAUUCAGUGGUUGGUUCAAGAUUCUGCCUUUUACUGUUACCUCUGCUUGCAAUGCUGACUGUGCCAACCUCAAGUCUGCUUUCUUUCUUGACAUUGUUUUUAUUGCAAUUACUACAUUUAUAAGUAUUUCUGCAGCAAAGGAAGUGCCUCUAGGUUCACGUAACAGAUCCACUUCCCUUGCAGAAGAAGGGCCUGAACACUCAGGCCAAGCAGAAGAAGCUUUUCUUUGGGAAUUGUUUGGAACUUUCAGAUAUUUCUCAGGAACCAUAUGGGUAAUAUUGUUUGUCACAGCUCUGACAUGGAUUGGAUGGUUUCCAUUUCUACUCUUCGAUACUGAUUGGAUGGGUCGAGAGAUUUAUGGUGGCAAGCCAAAUGAAGGGCAGAAUUAUAAUGCUGGAGUUAGAAUGGGCGCGCUUGGUCUGAUGUUAAAUUCAGUUGUUCUUGGAAUAACUUCAGUUCUCAUGGAGAAGCUCUGCAGGAAAUGGGGGGCUGCUUUUGUAUGGGGGCUUUCAGACAUCCUCAUGGCCCUUUGUUUUCUUGCGAUGCUCAUAAUCUCCUUUGUGGCCAAAAAUAUGGAUUAUAUAGGCUAUGAUCUUCCACCAGAUAGCAUUGUGAUUGCAGCACUGGUUUUCUUUACAAUUCUGGGUGUUCCAUUGGCAAUCACUUACAGCGUUCCAUAUGCCUUGAUUUCUACACGUAUUGAAGCUUUGGGACUUGGCCAAGGUUUGUCAUUAGGCGUUCUGAAUCUGGCAGUUGUGAUCCCACAGGUAGUGGUGUCUGUGGGAAGUGGACCUUGGGAUCAGCUAUUUGGUGGAGGAAACUCACCAGCCUUUGCUGUUGGUGCAAUUUCAGCAUUUGCUGGUGGACUUAUAGCAAUCUUAGCUAUUCCUCGAUCUAGUGCACAAAAACCCAAGGCCAUCAUUUGAGAAAUCAUGUACUUCAGAGGUUUUCUUUCAAGUUUUCUCUUUCAUUUAUCUUUUUGGUACCCAAGGCCUCCGUUGUUAAGGCAAUUGUCCACCACACUUAAAACAACAUCGUAGCAUACACAAUAUGACAACUGAAAGGUAGAUAUUUAGUCACCAAGUUAUAGUGAGACAAGGUAUAAAUAAAAUCAGUUGAGCAUUGCUUUACUAGUACAUCAUGGAAAUAUUGCUUUACAGUUAAUAGUCAAGGGAAAGUAAGUGAAGCAUCAUUUAUAGAUCCCAGUAUUACUGGCAAGAGUACUUACCAAUCAAGAUAAGCUGACAGAGAUUUAUUCUUGGUGAAAAAAUUAAAUAUUAUUUAAAGGCAGAGUUGAUUGCCCACUGGUGGUCCUAUCAUGAUGCAUUGAAAUUUCAUCUCUGUGCUUGAAUAUGUAGUAUGAAUGUGGUGAAUUGUGCUUGGUGGCCAACAGUUAGUAUGUGAGUUGUGCUGAUUGAAACCUUGAUGGAGACAUGUCUUUUUAUGCCCUGAUUUUUUUUAAAGUUCCAUUUAGUUUCAUGGAAGACGUCCAUUCUAAUUGUUCUAUCUUCCUUCUCUCCUCUUUCUUGCUUGCAUCUGAACCUUGGAAUAAAUUCUUAUGUUUAUUGCACUUAUCAGUAUCUAUGAAAGCCUGGUUUGCUUUAAAUGCUCCCGUGCAACGCAUUCUUCCAAAGUCUGGGAAGCAUUUAAACGCCCUGUCUUUUUAGUACAAAAUGCAUCAGCAACUUGGUUUUAAAUUCAUAUAGGGAACAGAAUUUCCAUGGCCACACUAGCACAGUUCUUUAAUUUGAUAAUUGAUCUGGAAAAUAAUGGGCUAUGCUUUUUUUUUUUUAUAACAAAAGAAAAUUUACUUGAGUCAGAUAUUUUUUUUAGGAUUAAACUGAUCAACCAAGUAGGUAAAAUCUUGGAUUGUCAUAAGCCCUAUGUUAGAAAAUUUUAAUUUUAAAGAAUUUUAACAUUUCAUAACCUUUAUAUUAGGUAAGUCAAUAAGUUAAUAUUAAAAUAUCGUCGAAGGGGAUUUAAACCUUUUCAUGCUUGGAACCCCACUUCAUUGUGGCUCAAGCUAUCCCUUAGGUGCUUAACUAUAGACUUGCGUAAUUCAAGUUGGGUGAUGUGGGAAUUUCUGGGGAUAAUUUCUUCUAAAAACCAAGCAUCAACGGCCCUUUUCAGGAAAGGAAAAUAAAGGUUGUAAAAGAAGGAAUCUAUGAAUAUGUUCGAGUUUCUAGAGUAAGUAUAAUCUUUAUUAAUGUCAUGUGUUGAAGGAUCUUGUCACUGUUGUAUAUCCCUUUCCUACUCCAUCGAAACUUGCAUUUGACAUUGCUGUUUAGUUUAUUAUGGUGCCUAAAAAAAUUCUGUGUGACCUCCACUACAAUAACAACUUGGUGUAAAAUGGUUUCUUGAUUAGCUGUACAACCUAGCGAAUGGCAUCACCAAGUAAUCCUGGAACAUGCCUAUACCUGUUACUGCAAUCUGGUGUUGAUCUAUCUUUUCUGAGCCCCACUUCCGAAUAAGGAUGCUAAAUUCGAAAUGUCUUUAAAUUUAUCAUCUGAAUAAUUAAUUUCUCAUCUUUAAACUAAUUUUUGUCCAUUGGUUUUAUUGCAUGACACGUACCUCUCAUCAACAGCAACUCAUUGAGCUGGAGACACAUGGAAUCUGACAUGGUGGUAUGGAUUUCAGAGAAAUAAAUACCUUAUUUAAG